UGCAGGGUGAGGUGGAUGAGGUGGCAAGCGGCCACGGCGGCCACGCAUCUCCAAUCGCGUUCUCCACGUCGAGCAGCAGCACUGCGAGCACUCUCGUGUGUUAUAUUCUUCUCUAGUAGAGAACCGCGCGAGGAAGAAUCAUCGUGGCGAGUGGCGAAGUGUGUGGCGUGUGUAGUCUUGUAGUCGUCGUCGUGUCGUUAUAUAGACGACAUUUUAUUUAACAAGAUGGAAGCAUCUACGGAGGAUAUCGUGAUCCAAGCGGCUGAAAAUUUGACGGAAAAUGUGAAUUCGACGACAGGGAGAAUUCCCGCUACACCUGAGGGAAUGGCAAUUGCUUAUGCCAGUCUCAUCGUGAUGGCCGUAGUGCCAAUUUUUUUUGGCAGUUACCGGUCAGUCAAGCACCAUAAGGAACAGCAGGAAUAUUUUGAAGCCAGUGGUGAAAAGCCAGAAACAUUGUCACACAAAGACGCAGCUAUGUUUCCAAUUAUUUCUAGUGCUGCGCUCUUUGGCCUGUACAUAUUUUUUCAGAUAUUCUCCAAAGAAUAUGUCAAUUUAUUAUUGACGGGCUAUUUCUUCUGGCUCGGAGUCGUAGCUCUUUGCCAUUUGACAAGUCCUGUUCUUUCAUCCCUUGUGCCAGCUGCGAUACCAAAAACGAAAUAUCGAUUCCGUUUUACCGAGGGUGAGGACGACAAACCCGAAGACAUAAUUAAUUACAAAUUCAAUCUCCAUGACGUUGUCUGUUUUGGAUGUUGCACUCUUGUUGGAAUUUGGUACCUCGUGCAAAAACAUUGGAUCGCAAACAAUCUAUUUGGUAUCGCAUUUGCGAUCAACGCCGUAGAAUUAUUGCACUUGAACAAUAUCGUGACUGGUUGUAUAUUACUUUGCGGUCUCUUCGUAUACGAUAUAUUUUGGGUAUUCGGAACCAACGUGAUGGUGACAGUUGCGAGAUCAUUCGAGGCGCCGAUAAAACUCGUGUUUCCACAGGAUCUUUUGGAAAAGGGUUUUUCAGCGAGUAACUUUGCCAUGCUAGGCCUCGGCGAUAUUGUAGUUCCUGGUAUAUUUAUCGCUCUGCUACUGAGAUUCGAUCACAGUCUUGGUAGAAAAACAAAUACGUAUUUUUACGCCACAUUCUUCGCUUACUUCAUGGGUCUCCUUGCUACAAUGUUCAUCGUCCAUUUGUUCGAACAUGCUCAACCGGCGUUGCUAUACUUAGUGCCUGCUUGUUUGGGAACGCCAUUGUUGCUUGCCAUUGUCAAGGGCGAUCUUAAGAGACUAUUUUCGUAUGAAGAUCAUCCAUCAAAGGUUGAAGAAGCACCCGCACAAACUCAAAUAGAAGCGAAAAAGGAAAAAUAAGAAUUUAGCAACAAAGAAAAAACGAGAGAAGAAAAUUCAUGAGAGAAUAUUUUCUCGUUACAUUUCGAGGCACUGGAAAAAUCUGACGCUUGUGCGAACUCGAAUUUCUGUAACAAAAUGUCGCCCGAGAGUGUCAAUUGUCCUUUUUUAGUUUAUCACCCUAAGUCCUCGGCUCAAAAAAUAUAGCAUAAAAAUUAACUAAGAAAAUAUCACCCGAAUUCAAUGAAUGUUAGGUGAAUCUUCUUCAAAGUCCAAUUACUUCUGUAUCGUACCUUGCACGCAGUUUUCUACUUUUUAAUCGGUUCGCUCGGAUCCCUUCCAUUUCCUCUUAAUCGCCCUCCAGGGAUCAUUUUCCAAUUUUUAAUAAGUUUUUUUUUCGUUUUUACUCGCUUAUCAAAGACUCUGUCGAUAUAAUUGAUAGUUUCGAUAUUUCACGACCGAUUAAAUGAAAACAAUUCCAAGUGUUUCGUCACGGACAACAAUAUGUUGCAGACGUGAAAAUAUUGUCUUUUUUGAGUAAAGAUAAAAUACAAUAAAUCCUGUUGAUACGAACAAUCAAAAGGGGUUUAGAAGACCCACCGAGUAUGAAGUUGAAAAAAAAAUCUUAUUUAGACACAAAAAAUUAUUCCAAUUUCAAUAGAAAUAUCAAGAAGACUGCGAAGUUUUGUAAAAUGGUAGAAAAUUGCAUUUAUCACCCAAAAUAUUGCAAGUGAAUCGCAAUCGAUUGCUAAACGAAGUGAAUGGUUAAUCUUUCCACUCGAACAUCAAUAUUUUGGCGUUUCUUUUACAACAUCCCAUCAUAUUUAGUCGGUAACUAAUUAUAAACGCACAAAACUACGAUCAUCAAUCUGCCCCUAGAUCUUACAUUUGAAAAUAGUAUAUUACACACCUAGGGAGGGAAAGUAGACUACUUCAAACUGCGGGCAGAAUUGUCACCCGAGCCGAAGGCGAGGGUGAUAAGCACGCGGUUUGAGGUGGUCUAAUUUCACUCCCGUGGAGUGUAUACUAUUUUUCACCACACGUGCACCGAAAAUUCAACCUUCCGAUUUCGGAAAGUUGAACUUUCGGCGCAUGUGUGGUGAAAAAGCUUUUUAUCCAUUUUUAUUUUGAACUCGUUUGUAAUCUGAAUUUUAGAGUGAUAAUUAAAAAUUGAAUUAAUAUAUGGACAAGUAUUUUUUUAGUGCCCGUGAGCUUGGCAUUUAAAAACGGAAAAUGAUUGUAAAAUUGCUUGAUAGACAAGAAACUAAUUGCUAUUCAUUUAGCAGCUGCACGGCUUCGAGGAGAAACUGGUAUGAAAUUUCACAGAGAUUCAACAUAAGUACUUAAAAAUUGAUCACAACAUACCAGGUUUAAAAAUUUAUACAAAAAUUUUGUUUUUCUUUGAAAUGAUCAAUGUAUGCAACAAAAAUGUUAAUAUUUUUUUUUGCACUCGUACGGGUAUAUCUUUAUAUAUGAGUAAAACAUCACCCGAUUGACAAUAGAACAAGAAUAAAAACAAUUUCGAAUUA